UUGUUGUCGUAAACAAUAAAAUUAAAAGAAAUCAAGCAUUAAAUCACAGGCAACAAAUUUGAAUUGUAAACAUAUGAUUCGACAAAUGUGUUAUAGAAAUCAAAAGUAAUGAUUAUCCCGGCUGCUAGAAUCGUGUAAACAGUAAUGUCGUAAACGAAACUCCGAAAGCUAAGCCUACUUUGAGUUACUUGAAAAGUUUCAGUUUGUUACAGAUUUGUUUAAAAAACCGUCGAUUUUCCAUCAUUCUACAACUUAUCAUUAGACCAUUGUAUGAAUCGGAGCUCGAAAAGCAUUCCAGAAUUUAUAGGAACAUGUUUCUACCCAUGGAAUUGAUUGCAUUUGUCCAAUUGUAGAAGAUGGUAGUCUACAUAAACCGGCUGAUGCCAGGAUGCAGGGUGGUAGAGAUAUUUUCAACCAUCAUUGGAUAUCAGGAAGACAUGCGCAUAGUCUCACAAAUAGAUAAAGCCUGGCUAAAGAGUAGGAAUGUUACAAAGCUGAAUCCACUGGGAAAAUUGCCAUUUUUGACAUCUGAUUCUGUAGGAUUUAACAACAGCUUUGCUAUCAUCCAAUACAUGUGUGAGAAAAGUAAUAAAGGAGCUGAGUUAUUCCUGGGAACUACAGCAGCGUCUUCAGUGACAGAAUUCCUUGGUUUCUGUACCCAGGAUCUGAAUGUAGCUGCCCUUAGAUUAAUGAAUUGUGUAUUGAAAAAAUUGAAAGGAGUUGAUCCCAAGGAUCAAGAGUAUGUGAAUGCAACAGAACAACUCUACACUGUGCUAGACUAUCUCUUGGAGAGGUUUCUUGCGGGAUAUUCCUUCAUUCUUGGCUCGAAGUUGACUGUCUGUGACCUCUAUGGUUCCUGUUACGUUACACAGGCCUUGGGGGCAGGAGUAAAACUCCCAGCAAAAUAUCGAGAGAUUGAAUCAUGGUUAGAACGAGUAGAGACAUCUGUUGGAGAAGUUUUUACGAAAACUCACCAGGGAAUCAGAAUGAUAUCUUCCUAUGUGAAAACUGCGCUUUGGUACCAACAGUUAAAACAAACCCAAAUGGAGCAAGAGAUGCUGCAAUUGCAAGUAAAACUUGACAAUUAUUACGAACAAUUCGCAAAAAUUGAUGACACAAAAAUGAAAGAUGCAAUGGAUGUUGUUGAAACAGUACGUAAAAAUAUCCAGGAGUUCUUCGAAACAAGACUUCCAAAUUAUCCAGUUGGGAGGAUUGUUCUGAGUGGAAGCACAGCAGAUCACACAAAGGUGAUUACCCCUGAGGAGUUUGAUUACAUGAUUCCUUUAAAGAUCCCUAAAGGAAUUUUCCAAAUUGAUAACCCAUCGAGGCCACUGUACAAUCAGAUCGUGUUAGUACAACAAAAGGAAAAGGCUGCCAACUGGAAUGGUUGGUGUGACCUGAUAGUCCACUACACGAAGACAUAUGAUGAUGAAAUGAUCGAGGAUAAAUACUAUCUAUCCCCAAAGAAAGUCGCCGUUAAAAUUCAAGAUUUACUGGAGCGUAUUCUGAAUUCUUGGAUCAAAGAAUUUAAACUACCUGACAGGGUGAUUGAAAUCCGACAAGUGAAACCUGUUGAUUUGACAUAUGGACCAAACACAACUCUUCAGGUGACGUAUGACCUGCGUCCGCAAAAACGAUUUGAUGUUGAUUUCACAGGGUACAUUCAAACUGAUGAUAACUGCCUCCCUCAUGUUGUGAAUAAAAGCUAUGAUAAACAAUCCAUGCCAGUCUUCAUUAAGAAUUCCUGUGGACCAGGUUAUGAACCUGAAACUCUAUUGGAAUUUCUCGAUCCCGUGAUAUACUGGAGAAAGUCCUUCUCUUUUGCUGAAUCUCAACUGGUAGGAGACCCAAAACUUGAGGAAAACAUGAGAAAAUGUUUAAUGAUUUACAAGGCGAUUUUCCACAAUAACAGCAACUUUCACGAUGAUGUUCUGACCUCAUACCAUCUGAAGAACAUUGUUCUAAACCUUGCGUAUGAGCGUGACACAUUGAAGCAAGACACGGAAAUUGAUACCCCUGAUAGCAUAGAGACUGUACCAACCCCUGCGUUUACACGAAUGCCAGAAGUGAAUGCAAUAAAGCCCUAUACCUCUACACCCAACAAGUGGCUUGAAAAAUCACUUCCUGAGCAAUUUAUCUCAGUGUUAAACUCACUCCUGAUGUUUGUACGAUAUGGAAGGAUGCCUUGGCAUUUCGACUCGAAUGUAACUCUCGUAUUUGACAUCGGGAAUCCGAAAAAAACGCGGCAAAGCAGAUGUUGUGAAACUAAAGAAAAGACUAGCCAGAUAUUUGACCGAUGUAACAAACAAAAAAGACUUUGAUAAACUGUUUGAGAUUGAUGAGGAUAGAUGGCCAGCUGUUAAAACGCUGAAAGUUCACUAUGGACCAGUUUAUGGAUAUAGUACAGGAGGUGGUUGUUAAUUUUAUAAACUGAUAUCAGGUCUUCAGAUCCCCUUAUUGUAAUUUCUUCAAUCCUUCUUUGGCUGCCUGUAAUGAUGAGUUGCAUUGUUAGUCUCAGGUUGUAUUCACAUUUUGAGAUGUGCACACAUCAACAGUUUUAAACGUCAAACUACAUAACAUGGAAGCUACAUUUAGUUUAUUAACAGAUUUUACAUGAUAAAUAUGAUUAUGGCAAAAUAAGCAGUAUAUCCUGAGAUUAGGGUAGCUUGCAAUAUUGGAAGUUCUCUGACAUUUCUUACUGGAAUACAUAAAUUCCACUUCCACUUAUUAUAGAGGUAGACCGGUGAGUGUGGAUGUUCACACGUAUAGUAUUAUCCCAUGCUAUGCAUGUUUUCAGCAAGGGCAAUUGUUAUGGUUACUUUUUAAAAAUUGCUAAAUUGAAUAGACCCCUAUCCCCAGGAGUGUAGCAUAUGGACACUCAGCUGCUUUCAUUAUUUUUUGCUGUUACAUCAUUAUUUAGAUACAGAAGAUUCUAAUUUUGAAUAACCUGUAAGUUAUAUUUCAUGUAUAUUCAACAUGAUUUAUCACACCCUGCGGUGCUGUAUUGUAUUGUAUUGUAUAUUGCUGUGUAUUGUUAUCAGUUAUUUUAACUGUUUUCAGUUAUGUUAAUUGGUAUCAAAACAACAUUUUAUUGAUUCACAGACCUUAAGUCUUGUGUGCGUAAUCUUGUUUACAGAGAUGCUUUUUGGUGUAAAAAUUGAGUACUGGAUAGUUUAGGGCAUGAUGG